AUGCAAGUUUUUUCGAUAAAAUAUUGCUUAAUCUUAAUAUACUAAGAGAAUAAACUUUAAAUAUAUAUUUUAUUUUAAUUUUACUAGAGUAUCAAAAAAGAUUUGAGAAAACAUAAUUACGCAUUAUUAGAGUUUAAAGCAAAUUUGGAUUUGAAUUUUUAUUUAAAUAAUAAUAAAAGUUAACGAAGAUGUCCAAAACACUUCUUGCUCUAUUGCUCAUCUCCAUGCUCGCUUUUAGCGCUCAAGGUAAACUACACAUUUAUAUCCUCACUAACCCCCAUAUAUUAUUUAUUUAUACACAAAUUCAUAUCUCCUGACUCAACUGAAUUAAUAUCCUUUUAGCUGCUACAAGCUCAAUCAUCAUCAGAGGAAGAAUCAGAAGAAAGCUCAGAAGAAAGUUCAGACCUUUUAGCUUAAUCAUCAUCAGAGGAGGAGGAAUCAGAAGAAGAAGAGUCAGAAGCUUAAUCAUCAUCCGAGGAAGAAGAAGAAGAGGAAGAAGAAUCAGAUGCUUAAUCAUCAUCAGAAGAAGAGUCUGAAGAGGAAGAAGAAUCCGAUGCCUAAUCAUCAUCAGAGGAAGAAUCAGAAGAAGAGGAGGAAUCAGAUGCCUAAUCAUCAUCAGAAGAAGAAUCAGAAGAGGAAGAGGAAUCUGAUGCUUAAUCAUCAUCAGAAGAAGAAUCAGAGGAAGAGGAAGAAGAAUCUGAUGCCUAAUCAUCAUCUGAAGAAGAAUCAGAAGAGGAAGAGGAAUCAGAUGCUUAAUCAUCAUCAGAAGAAGAAUCUGAAGAAUCAGAAGAAGAAUCAGAUGCUUAAUCAUCAUCUGAAGAAGAAUCAGAAGAGGAAGAGGAAUCAGAUGCUUAAUCAUCAUCAGAAGAAGAAUCUGAAGAAUCAGAAGAAGAGUCUGAAGCUUAAUCCUCAUCAGAAGAAGAAUCAGAAGAAUCAGAAGAGGAAUCUGAAGCUUAAUCUUCAUCCGAAGAAGAAUCAGAAGAAUCAGAAGAAGAAUCUGAAGCUUAAUCCUCAUCAGAGGAAGAAUCUGAAGAAUCAGAGGCUUAAUCAUCAUCAGAAGAAGAAUCUGAAGAAGAAGAAGAAUCAGAGAGAUUGAACUUCCGUUUACAUUAUGCCGAAGCAGCUGCCACCACAACCACAACUAAACCAGCAGCAACAACCACCACCACCACAACACCACCACCAGCAGCUGCCACUACAACCACAACCACAACACCCUCAACCACCAAGAAUGGAGCUAUACUAGCAGCCAGUUUAGUCUUAGCCGCCAUCGUUUUCUGAUAAAUAUAAAGAAUAUUUAAAAUAAGUUUAUCCUAUAUUAAAUUUAUU